UAAUAAACGAAAGUACAAAUGACCAAUGUUUUACUGUGGCCUCGUCAGGACAAUAUUUUUCAGCCCUACGGCGGCAAGUAUAUCUUGUCGCUGCAUGACCUUGGCGUCCCUGGAGGAAUCACAUGGUGGACCAGGGCAAUGGUCAGCACGGUUCUCAAGACGCUCAUCACUGGCAGUCCUUUCGGAAAAGGGAACGAUCCUGAACUCAAGAUCACCGACACUGAGUACGCCGGUGUGCCUGUGCGUGUAUACGAGCCUCAGAGUCUGUCCGGGGAGGGGAGGAGGCCGGUGAUGGUUUACUACCACGGUGGGGGAUGGUCGUGGCUUGACGUCGAUGUCUAUGACGCUUCGACUCGUGAGCUGGCUAUGAAGGUUCCGAUGGUGCUUGUUUCUGUCGGGUACCGACAGUCUCCCGAGCACGCCCACCCCAUCCCCCUAGAGGACUGCCUCAGGGUCACAGAGUACGUCAUCAAACAUGCAGACGACCUCCAGCUCGACCCCAAGAGAGUGUCUAUCGCCGGGGACAGCGCGGGCGGCCAUCUCACGGCAGCUGUGGCGCUUCAGUUACGGGAGAAGAUCAAGAUACAGGUCCCGAUCUACCCUUGUCUGCAGCUUCUAGACCUCCAGACGCCCUCGUAUAUCGAGAAUCGGAACUUCAUACCCGGCAUGCUGAACGAUGUUUCCAUGCUUUCCUACUGGAUGAACUAUGGCAAUAUUUCCUAUCAAUGGAUGCCAGACUUCCUGGCCAACAAUCAUACCUCGCCUGAACUGAAGAGAUCCAAGUACGCCUCUCGUAUCAGCCCCAAGUGGUACAUGCCAGAACACAUUCGGACGGAGAGUCUGCGACGCAUGGACAAACGCCAAGAUUUUGGAGACUCUGAACUGUCCCAGAAAUACGAGAGCGUUUUACUCGAUCCUUUGUUUGCCCCUCUGAUGGCAGACGACAAAGAAUACGUGGGACUUCCGCUGACGUAUGUGCUGACAGCCGGAUAUGACGUACUGCGAGACGAUGGUUUGAUCUACGCGCAGAGGCUGAAAAAAGCUGGCGUGAACGUGCACUUAGCUCAUUAUCAGGAGGGGUUUCAUGGCAUGAUAUUUUUCUUUGACGGGCCUAUCGCGUUUGACGUGGGCAAGCGGGCAAUGCAGGAUUUAGUAAGUUUCUUACAAGAAAAUCUCUAGACGCUUUAGAAAUGUAGGUACAGUACAGUGGGCUCCGGCUGUAAAUAACAACAGAACUGCUAGGACCGACGUGAUACCCCUGUUAUAGCCGAAUCCUGUUAUAUUGACGAGGAUCAAGUUUACUCCAGCUGGGACUUGUAAUUAACGAAUGGGAUCGGGUUUUUAAAAAAAUUAUGUAUUGUGUAUAGUGUACCCACUGCCAAUUUAUCAGCUAUUGUUCCUUUCUUUUCCAGUGAUAUAUUAUUUUCUCCUCAUCUUUGACAUUGAGCACUUGAAAUGAAGAAAAGGUGGCUCAAAAUGAGGCGUGAAUAUCCAUCACUUCAAGGCAUUAAUGAUGCUGGUUGACCUUGUGGGUCAGCAAAUUUGAAACUAUUCAACAUUGAUUAAAUUCAUUGUUUGUCUGACUCACUGUGGAAUGAGGCGAUCGUCAAUUUAGGGCAUAUGGAGUUAUUGGUAUCAUCUUAAAGUAAAGCUUGUUCAGUUGUCUUGCUGUUAUGGAAAAAAUACUCAUCUAUUUUGAAUAAAAGUCGAGAUAUUUCAAUUUUAAUGAGAUAGAGGUCACCUGACUUCAGCAGUACAACAAGCAAGAAAAUGGCCGCCAAAGUUUGGUGACUUCCAUAGCUAAAGAUUCCUUGAAAACUGAAAAUUUUCUUUUUUGUGCCUUUUAUUAAUGGUUUUUUUUUUUAAUCAAGUAGAAAGAUGUCUUUCAUAGGACAUAAAAGGGGUUGGGCCAAAUAAAGGAAAUUAUUUAAAAAUCACCAAACGCUCCGAAAAAUGCUGAUUUCUUGGAUUUCUCUAUUUUGACGAGCGCCUGACUUUACCAUGAAGCAUCACACAUUAAUAUUAUGAUAAUAUUAAUGUGUAACAAAAUCAGUAAUCUAAUAUAUUUUUUAAGUAGAAAUUUACCCAAAUUUGCACAUCUCAUCACCACGAGUUAUACAACUGAACUCAAACUCAAAGCACCACGUCUGCAAUAUUAUUGAUAUGAUAUAACGUGAUGUUUCUAGAAUUCUUGCUUUCGUUCCAUACUUCUACUAUCUAUAAUUCAUUUACAGUAUACAACAUGUACAUAUAUAUUUGGAAAUCACUAGAAGUAAGAAAUCUGAACUAAAAAGACACUCAUUGACAACAGACAGAAAAAAAA